UGAAACAUGGCGGAAGGAGAUGAACCGUAAGUCCCGAUGUGUACUGUUUAUUUCAGGACAAUGUUCCCACACUCUUAACAGUGCAGAGAAUCUCAAAAACUGCAUGGUAGUGAAUGGGGGCAGUGGAGACCAGUGUGACUGGGAUGGUCGCUGGGACCAUGUCAAGAAGUUCUUAGAGAGGCCAGGACCCUUCACGCACCCUGACUUUGAGCCAAGCACAGAGGCUCUCCAGUUUCUGCUGGACACAUGCAAAAUUCUUGUCAUUGGCGCUGGAGGACUAGGUUGUGAACUUCUGAAAGAUCUGGCCUUGUCAGGGUUUCGCCAUAUACAUGUAGUAGACAUGGAUACCAUUGAUGUGUCAAACCUCAACCGACAGUUUCUUUUUAGACCUAAAGACGUAGGACGGCCAAAGGCAGAUGUGGCAGCAGACUUCGUCAACAGUCGUGUUCCUGGAUGUUGCGUUGUACCACAUUUCACGAAGAUUCAAGACUUUGAUGAGGCGUUUUAUCGGCAAUUCCACAUCAUUGUUUGUGGCCUGGACUCCAUCAUUGCCAGGAGAUGGAUGAACGGAAUGCUGAUGUCCCUACUGGUCUAUGAGGAUGGCAUUUUGGACCCCAGCUCCAUCAUCCCUCUCAUUGACGGGGGGACUGAAGGCUUCAAGGGAAACGCCAGGGUCAUCCUGCCUGGCAUGACUGCCUGCAUUGACUGCACCCUGGAACUCUAUCCCCCACAGAUAAACUUCCCCAUGUGUACCAUAGCUUCCAUGCCGAGGUUACCUGAGCAUUGUGUGGAAUAUGUCCGAGUUCUUUUAUGGCCCAAAGAGAAGCCUUUUGGAGAUGGUGUUGGCCUGGACGGGGAUGACCCGGAGCAUAUCCAGUGGGUGUUUGUGAAGUCCCAGGAGAGGGCGGCAGAAUACAGCAUCACAGGAGUGACCUAUAGACUCACUCAAGGUGUUGUGAAGAGGAUCAUUCCUGCCGUGGCCUCCACAAAUGCUGUCAUUGCUGCAUGUUGUGCAACAGAAGUAUUUAAAAUUGCCUCGAGUGCCUACAUUCCUCUGAACAACUAUUUGUUGUUUAACGACGUUGAUGGGCUGUACACUUGUACCUUUGAGGCAGAGCGGAAGGAGAACUGCUCUGCCUGCAGUCAGGUUCCUCAGGAUUUACAGUUCCCUUCCUGUGCAAAACUGCAGGAAGUGCUGGACUACCUGACUGAGAGUGCCUCACUACAAAUGAAGUCUCCUGCAAUCACAGCAACCGUUGAGGGGAAGAACAAGACACUUUACUUACAGACGGUUGCCUCAAUUGAAGAGAGAACGCGUCCAAACCUCAGCAAAACACUUAAAGAGCUUGGACUAUCAGAUGGACAGGAACUGGCCGUGGCUGACGUGACCACUCCACAGACAUUGCUCUUCAAACUGCACCUCUCCUCAUAGGAUAAACUGGCCUUCCAUCAUAUGUAGCCUCGCUAAAAUAACAAAGUGGAACACAGACACAAGGACAGGAAAUAUUGGAGAAAUAUUGGUAAAAGUGUUUUUGAAUGCAAUUAUGUAAAUGGGCCAGUUUAUGAAUGUUUCUUUUGCUGAUUGCAGCCGUUUUCCUCUGUUGUGGAUUUUGGCACGUCACAAUGGAAGCCACAUUGAAACUACUACUUGUAUGUUUGUGGAAAUGUGUGUGUGAUACAGUAGUCUUUUUAAUGCACUGCAGCCUCUGCACCGGGAGAAUUCAUCUGUGUUUGAUUUUGUUUUCUGUUCUGUGCAAGAUGUUUAUUUAUUGUAAAUGUUUUGGUGUGUGGCAUCCUUUGUAGUUGUAUGCUUCUGUAUAUGGACAAUGAACAAACCAACAGAAGGAGAAAAACCUUUGUAGAAAGUAAAGUCAUUUUUUUUUAAA